AAAACAAUAGGUUUAUUAUUCAACAAUGUAUUCAUUUUUCGAUGUCAGCAAUUAUAACAAUAGUAGCCUGUAUAGGGAGGAAAUGGUGGAUAAAUUUUUUUGUCUGUGAGUUCACUUUGCUUUGGGUGAUCAGUAGGGUGGUGCUCCGUAUAACAGAAAGGGUUUCACAGUCCUCGAUCCACAAACAUUCACAAUCACUGCUUUAUCUCCCACAGUCUAAAUAUAGCAUUAUCACCGCAGAAAAGGUCAGAUAAGGCGUCCGGUAAGCAUUCUGUUUAUACGAACCGCUCCAGUCCCAGUGCUAUGCAGCAUUACCCUCGUGUCAUUAUCGUCGGAGCGGGAGCGGCUGGAAUUGCGGCAGCCUCGCGUCUCGUCGCAAAAGGCAUCGGUAACGUGACGGUCUUAGAAGCGGAGGAUAGGAUCGGCGGUAGAAUCCACACGAUCCGCCCCGAGGGCGACGCGAUCGAUUUGGGAGCGGCGCGUUGUCCCUCGAACUCGCUUGCGCACCAGAUCGUCAAGGAUUUCGGUUUAUUGGAGGCAAAGAGGACGGGUACUGCCCUUUUCCACUCGAAAUUCGGACGAGCUUCAACGCAGUUCGUGGGGACGCUGUUCGGUAGACUUUCGGCCUUACACGACCUAGACAAACCGAAAGAUGUCACGUGGCACCAGCACUUUCAUCAACACUACCAAAGCUGUGUCGUUGACCACUUCUCCGACGAGCCCGAUCGACUGCUCGCGUUAGACUGCAUGGAUUUUAUGAAAAAAACCCUCGCAAUGACUACUGGCUUGUUUUCUUUGGGAAGCGGCGGAGAGAGGCUGGCCGCACCCCCAACCACCUUCGGCAUGGUUUGGAAACGUGGAGGCUUUCGAGUACUUUUAGAUGUUUUGAUGAGAUCCUACCCCAAUCGCAAACACAGCCUGAACGUCGAGGACAAAAUCCGUUUAAACUCCAAAGUCGAGCACAUUUCGUGGAAGGGCGAGGAGGAGAUCAGGCUGAUCUGCUCCAAUGGAUCCGUCUUCGUCGCCGACUACGUAAUUGUAACCGCGCCCCUAGGCGCUUUAAAGCGACAACAUUGCACGCUCUUUUCGCCACAACUCUCUGAUAGAAAGAGAAAGGCGAUCGAGUUGUUAAAGGCUGAGGGGGUGUUGAAGAUCCCACUCCAUUUUCCCAAGAAGUGGUGGGAUGACAAUGACUUUUUUCUUGCGUGGGGCGAAGACGAUUUGAAAUGCGUUGGCUUUAACAGGGGACCUCAAAAGAACGGUCACUGCUGGAUUACCAGUUUGGUGGGAUUCCAGAUAAACUCAGAAAACUCCAAAGUUUUGCACGCGCUCUUCGCGGGUGAAUUGAUACCGGAGAUCGAACAAAUCGAGGAGGAGGUAUUGUUAGACGGAGUACACUUCGUAACCCAACGAUUCUGUGGAGAUUUUGCUGAUAGACCUACUAAAAGUGAAAGGUCUGGUUUCUUCAACAACCCCCACUUCGGUUCCAGUGUUGCCGUUGAGACAAUUGAAAGUGUGAGAGAAGGCGUGACCAGGGAAACCUUAGGGGAAGCGGAACUAUCGGAAUUGGGCAAACCGAGGUUGCUAUUUGCUGGAGAGGCAACCAGCGACGUGUCCUACGGCAAUGUGAGCGGGGCCGUUUUUACCGGCUUUAGAGAAGCUGAUAGAAUUAUUGAUCUUUGUAAACAAUUAUAAAUAAAAAUCACUGCUAGACUUAAUAUGAAGUUGUCUUAAAAUUCA